AUGGCUCUCGACAUGUCGUCUGGGUCAUUAUCGUGGCUCGUGCCGUUCUUUUUCGGCCAGGCAGUCUUUUUAUGGCUUUUUGUUCUCCUUCUCCUUGGAACUACAGCGCAGGCCACUACCAAACGGGUUCUGGGACUUGUAGUCUUGGGUGCCGUCACCUAUUUUCAAGAAUACUUGAUUGUGCAAAUAUGCCUGGCCAGGAACCGACCACUUUGGGCCGGCACUGCCGGCUCGCUACUUUGGGUUCAACUCCUCAGCGCAUCAGACCUGUUGUUGGCGCUUCGCGUAGACUCCUCGCAGCUGCCACCUGGCCAAACUUCAUCAACACAUGCUGCUGGUCUCCUGUGGAGCAUGCGUCGUAUCGGCACGCGAUGGCAGGUAAAGACUGCUGCGGCGGCGAGCCAACAGUCCCGCGCCGGCUUUGUCUUCAGCCGUGCCGCGACUACGUUGGGCGUCUACCUCUUUGUCGACUUCCUCGUCUCGAUGCCGCCCCCUGACCCGUCGCUCAUACAAAUCAGCAAAGCAACUCUUUUCUCCCUGCACGAACUACACACCGAGGAUGUCAUAUUCCGUGUUUCUAUGACCAUUGCAUAUUGGGUUUCGACUGGCGUUCUUGUCCUUUUCAUGAACAAUCUGGGCGCAAUAGUUGUUGUGCUCUUGAACAUCAGCCAGCCUGAAGACUGUAUACCCCUGUUUGGGUCAUUCCUUGACGCGUUUACCGUGCGUCGCUUCUGGGGUGUUACCUGGCACCAGAUGUUCAGGAGCUUCCUGACCGGCCACGCUGACCUAGUUGUCGACAAUUUUCUCCCAUUCUUGCCCCGCCACUCGCUGAUAUCCCGGUAUACGAGACUUGCCAUUGCCUUCUUUAUAUCCGGCGCAAUCCACUACCGUGCGGACCAGCUCAUGGGUGUUCCAAAUAAUGAGAACGGUGCCAUAAUCUUCUUUAUGCUGCAUGCUCUCGUCAUAAUGGCUGAGGAUACCAUUGCGCCGGUAGUCUCUGCAGUCCUGCCCUUGUCGAUCCGUCGUAUCUUGGGCUUGUUUUGGGUUCUGAUUUUCUUUGUUUGGUCAACUCCAAUUUGGAGCUAUGCCAACACCAGGGUGGGCAAUGACGCUGCCAGCUUGUUGCCCGUCCGACUUAUUGGGCCUUGGGCAGCACAGUAUCUCAAUGCCACAUAA